UCUCCCCGCUCCUGAUGGCUUCGACAUACCACCCAAUGAGCUCGCACUCUCCCAGUCUAUACUUCUUCUUACAGACGAUAAGGUUGGAUUCGAUGUAACAUUAGGAGAAAUGGCGAUGUUAUUUCCCAGUAGGUAUUACAGGCGGGUAUAAGACUGUUUGCCACCCACGGGUUGACUGCUCCAAGGGUUGGUUUCUACUAGGUUAGAUAACUAUAGAUAACUACUCCUUAAAUGAGUAGAACAAGAAAAGAACAUUCUCAAGCCAAAGUAAAGUCUAUUAAAACAAAACAAAGAUGGCGCCCAUCGCUCUCGAAACACCCCAAGCCCCUCCUCCCCAGUCCCAGCUGCAUCCAGCCGCCGGGAAAGCCAUCCCCCCCAUAAAGCCCUGGACACGGCCUCCCCAAACAACCUCAGACCUCGACUGGGCCGAGCUUCCCAAGAUCGACUUAUCCCUCUUCGACUCGCCGGGCGGCAAGCGGGCGCUGGCGGACCAGCUGUACGACGCCGUGACGCGCGUCGGGUUCUGGUCGGUGGUCAACACCGGGAUCGACGACGCGCGCGUGCUGCGGCAGUUCAGCAUCGGCGACGCGUUUUUCCGGGAGCCGCUGGAGGAGAAGCGCAGGUUCCCGUGCAAUUUCGCCGAGGGGGAGUACUUUGGGUACAGGGAGAACUCGAGGUGGGUGGGGGAUACGGGGGUGAAGGAGAAUGUUGAGAUGUUGAACAUCCCCAAAGCGACCCCCGCUUACGCAUCCGUCGGCAAGCACCGGCUCGUCUCUCAGAACUGGGACGAGAUCGCCUCUUUCCACCGGGACCUGUGGUCGCAGGUGAUCCGGAAGCUGUUCGUGCUGAUCUCCAUCAUCCUCGAGCUGCCGGAGGACUACCUCGCGGACGCGCACGCCUACGACGAGGACUCCGACGACCACCUGCGCUACAUGCUGUACAACGUGCGGACGCCGGCGGAGUGGGCGAAGGCGCAGGCGUAUUCGAAGGGGGGCCACACAGAUUUUGGGAGCUUGACGUUGUUGUUCUCGCAGCAUGUGGCGGGCUUGCAGAUACGCACGCCGGAGGGCGAGUGGAAGUAUGUGAGGCCGGUGGAGGGUGGGAUCACUUGCAACGCGGCGGACACCUUGUCGUUUCUUACCAACGGCUUCAUAAAAUCCACCAUCCACCGCGUCGUAACCCCUCCCGCAGACCAGCUCUCCAUCCCGCGCCUCGGCCUCCUCUACUUCAGCCGACCCGGUGCCCACACGCUGAUGAAAACCGUCCCCUCGCCUCUGCUCGAGCGCCUCGGCCUCCUCCCCCAGAAAGAUAGGGGCAGUGCGGACGAUGACGCGCCAGUGGUCACCGGGACCGAGUAUGUCCGCGCGCGGGUCAAAGAUGUGCACUACAAAACGGUGCUAGAGCGGCGCGAGGGCACAUCGUUCGAGUUCAAGGGUCUCAAGGUGCAGAACCAUUACGCGUGAGUGAGUGAGUGAUUGGACUGGGCAAGACGUUAGUUAGGUACAUAUGUAUAAGUGCCUAGGUGGGUAUGUAUACUUUGCAACGCGGUAAACCUACCAAUUCAUUAAUAAUGCCUAUCUAUACCUAUAACCUAUCCAAGUAUAGGCUCCAGGCCAGUUUUUCUUUGUCUAAACACAUGUCGUGUGAAUGAUAACCCUCAUCUUGGUGAUGAUCUGGGAGAAUCUUACUAAUGAGUUUAUUACCCCAUGGGGAAACAUU